GCGACCGCAGGGGCGGGCGUUUUGGGGUACUUGGGGGCCGUUCUCUCUGAUCAGAGGUUCGGGGAGGCUACCAGGGGCUGGGGGUGGCGGGAGCCGGGAGCCGCGAGAGGAGGCUGGUCUGAGGUACGGCAGCGGCGAGGGAUCGGGUUCGCGCGGGCUGGUCCUCCUCCCGGUGUUCGCCCACAGAGUCUGAUGGCAGCGGCCGCGCGGAGGGACCUGGCUCAGGUAGGCGCUGACACCGGGCUCGCCCCGCGCAAGCUGAGCCCCGAGGGAGCGGCCCCCCGGGUCCGGGACGGUGAGGCGCUCGUGUCCGCGGCCGCAUUUCUGUUGGUUCCUGUUGCUGCAGAUUUGCUUCCAAACCAUGCAGAGGAUCACAUGACCUUUGAGGAUGUGGCUGUCCACUUCUCUUGGGAGGAGUGGGGGCUCCUUGAUGAAGCCCAGAGACUCCUGUACCGUGAUGUGAUGCUGGAGAACUUUGCACUGAUGGCCUCUCUGAGACUUGCAUCUUCCAGCGCUCAUGCAAUCACCCAGUUGGAGUGGUGGAGAGAACCCUUUGUGCCUCCCUGUGCAGUCCUGACUGCAGCCACGCCGAGAGGUUGGCACCAUAGAGCGGAAGCUGAGGAAGCCCCUCGGGAGCAGAGUGUUUAUAUAGAAGGGGUGCUCAGAGCAAAACUUCAACGCCAGAGGCUGCACUGUGGAGAGAAACCUCUGAGAACAGAAGAGAGUGUGGAGGGUGGAACGGACUUCCCAGUUAGUUCUGGUUUUCUCAACCAUCAGGUGACCCGUGGUGGAGGGGAGCCACAAGGGAGCACCAAAAGUGGGGAGGCCUUUCACCCUGGGAAAAGGCAUUACAAAUGCAGCGAAUGUGGGAAAGCCUUUGGUCAGAAAUACUUACUUGUUCAGCACCAGAGACUACACACUGGAGAAAAGCCUUAUGAAUGCAGCGAAUGUGGGAAAUUAUUUAGCCAUAAAUCAAACCUUUUUAUACAUCAAAUAGUUCACACUGGAGAAAGGCCUUAUGGGUGUAGUGAAUGUGGGAAAUCCUUUAGCCGCAAUGCUGACCUCAUUCAACACCAGAGGGUUCACACUGGAGAAAAGCCUUUUACAUGCAGUGAAUGUGGGAAAGCCUUCAGGCAUAAUUCCACACUUGUUCAGCAUCAUAGGAUUCACACUGGAGUGAGGCCUUAUGAGUGCAGUGAAUGUGGGAAAUUUUUUAGCUUUAACUCAAGCCUCAUGAAACAUCAGAGAGUUCACACUGGAGAAAGACCUUAUAAGUGCAGUGAAUGUGGGAAAUUCUAUAGCCACAAGUCAAGCCUUAUUAAUCACUGGAGAGUUCACACUGGAGAAAGGCCUUAUGAGUGCAGUGAAUGUGGGAAGUUUUUUAGCCAAAGCUCUAGCCUCAUGCAACAUCGGAAAGUUCACACUGGAGAAAAGCCUUUUAAGUGCAACGAAUGUGGAAGAUUCUUCAGCGAGAAUUCUAGCCUUGUUAAACAUCAGAGGGUUCACACUGGAGCAAGACCUUAUGAGUGCAGGGAAUGUGGGAAAUUUUUUCGCCACAGCUCCAGCCUUGUUAAACAUCGGAGGAUUCACACUGGAGAAAUGCCUUAUGAGUGCAGCAAUUGUGGGAAAUCAUUUAGCCAGCGUUUCAACCUCCUCCAACACCAGAAAGUUCAUGGUGGAGAAAAGUCUUGAAUACAGCUCAUAUGGACAAGCCUUUAACCAGAGGUCAGCUCUGAUUCAGCAAGAGAAACUUUACAGUCCAGAUAAGUCUAAUGUAUACAGUAAAUGGGAAGAAAGUCUUCAGCCAAAGGCUUAACCUUGUUGAGCCCCAGAAUGUUCAAACUGGAGAGAGACUUUAGGAGUGCAGUACACACACAGUCUCCUUGUCAACCUAACAAAACAGAGAGCAGCUCUGGAAGUAGCCCUUAUGAGGGAGCCAGCAGCUGAACAUUGUUCAUCCAAAUAUCCUCACAUACUGCCUCCUGAGAAGAGAAUUCUCUGCCUGGAAGCUCCAGGGAGAGGGAGCCCUGUGUUCUUGGCUGUACUAGUCUGGAUGGAGUGGCCGCCUCUAUCAUUGGAGUGGGGAGAGAGGGAAUGGGCUUAGUUCAAUGUGACUGGCUCUUGCUGUUCUUACUGAAUAUUAGAUGUUCUUGAGGAAGUGCUUCCUCAUUUGCUAUAUGCCCUAGGACCAUUUCCAGAGACUCUUAAGUUGUGUUUUUAUCAUUUCCCCCAGUUUUGAUGGGAAGCAGGCCUGCAAAGCUCUUCACACAUUGUCAUGCAGGAAGUUGAUCUAAAUAUUUAACUUUAUGAGAACUUGCCAACUUGUGUUCUAGAUGGUUAUGCCAUUUCAUAUUUCCUUCCAGAGUGUUAGAUUUCCAGUUUCUUCACAUCAUUGCUGAUCCUUGUAUGUAAGACAUGGGCCAUUCACUCCAGCCAUUCUAGUAAGUUUGUGGCUGUGACCUCUCUAAUGACUCAGUGUUGAGCAUCUGUCUCUGCUUAACCUGCCACCAUACAUCUGUAGUGAAUUAUCUUUUCAUGUUUUUUGCUUCCUUUUAGAAAAAUUGGUCAGUUUCUUAUUGUUUUGUGAUUUAAUAUUAUUUACAUAGAGGUUCCUUAUUUGCUAUAUGGUUUACCAGUGUUUUCUCCCAGUCUAUGCCUUUGAGUUUCUUUCCCUUUUUUUUUCCUUUUUAAAAAUUUUUCAGUUUUUUUUAAAUUUUUUAUUUUUUGUAAACAUAUAUUUUUAUCCCCAGGGAUACAGGUCUGUGAAUUGCCAGGUUUACACACUUCACAGCACUCACCAUAGUACAUACCCUCCCCAAUGUCCAUAGCCCCACCACCUUUUCCCAACCCCCCUCCCCCCAGAAAUUUUUUAGUUCUUUUUUUUUUUUUUUUAAGAUUUUUUUUUUUUUUUAAUUUGACAGAGAGAGAGAGGGACGACAAGUAGGCAGAGAGGCAGGCAGAGAGACAGAGGGGAAAGCAGACUCCCUGCUUCCGAGCAGAGAGCCCGAUGCGGGACUCGAUCCCAGGACCCUGAGAUCAUGACCUGAUCUGAAGGCAGAGGCCCAACCCACCGAGCCACUCAGGCGUCCCAAAUUUUUCAGUUCUUAACAGUCUCUUUCCUAGGGCAGAAUUUAUUAAUUUUCAUAAAUUUCAAUUUCUUUAUUUGUUAGCAGCUGCACAUUUGGUAUUACAUUCUCUUUUUCUUAUGGUACUAUAUCUUUGCUUAUAAAUUAAAGCCUAAUCUGAGUAUGCUGGUGUCUUAUGUGUUCUUAUCCAAACUUGUGAAAUCUUUGUGGAUUUAAAUGUACUUAAAGAUUUUCAGUGUAUGUAGAAAUACUUAUGUGUUUACAUAUCCCCUAACUCUUCUGAAAGAGCCUAGAAAGCAGUGGCGUUCCGGUAGAUGUGAGCUUACCCAGUUACUGGUACAGGUUUUCAGUAAAAAGAACCAGAACUCCUUAGAGGCUGUUUCCAUGUUGGUGCAAGAAAGAACAUGAGCCUAGGAAAUAGUCUUGGAUUAGUCAGUAAAUGCUCACAGAAUAAUGCUGAUGUAUUAGCUUUCUAGUGCUAUCCUAACAAAUUACCACAAACCUGUGGCUUAAACAUUUUCUGUUAUAGUACUGUAGGUCAGAAGUCCUACACAGGACAGGUCUCAAUAAGUUAAAAUCAGGGUGUUCACAGGGAUGUAUUCUUUUCUGGAGUCUCUAAGACAGAUUCUGUUUUCUGCUCAUUUAAGUUGUUGGACUGUUUCAGUUCCUUAUGGUUGUGGGCUUAUCUUCCUGUUUUCUCUGUGACUCUCAGCUUAGGCUUGAAACAUGUAGGAACUUUCCCUACAAUAUUUAAAGCUAAAACAGUACCAACUGCAUACAAAGUCUUACAAAACAAAGUUUAAACACUUCCCAACUAAUUAAGUGGACACAAUACUACAUGACACUAAAUGUGGAUGAUAGUGAAACAAAUUACAGAGCAAUGCCCACAUGAACAUAAGAUACAGCAAAACCAUGACGAAAAGUUUUUGGAGGUGGAGUGAUGGCGGCAGAGUAGGGGGACUGUAAGAUUGCCUCAUCCCACAAAUACAACUAAAUAUGAUCAUCCUAAAUACCCCAGAAAUCAACCUGAAGACUGGCAGAACAAACUCCACAACAAAAGAGAAGAGGCCACAUCAAAGAAGGUAUGAAGUGUGGUGAUAUGGUUUAAAAGAGAACAGGAUCAUGGCUGAUGUGGGGAAUCAUGCUGAUGGAGAUAAUCAAGACACUUCCACAGAGGGAAUGCACAGGAAAACAAAUACCUGUAGCAAUUAGCUUGGAAGGCAUGAAGGGCCAAAAAGAGAGGAAGAUAAUCACUGAGACCCUUAGCAUGGUGACAAAAACAACAAUCAGAUGAAGAGUGCAAUAAAUGCAAUUAGAAACACCUGAUGCAAUGAACAGCAGGCUAGAAAAAGCAGAAUGAAUGAAUGACCUAGAAAAGUAAUGGAAAGUAAUAAAGAUGGACAAAAGAAAAAAUUAUGCAAAACAAGAACAGACUCAGUAACUCCAUCAAAUGUGCUAAUGUUCUCAUUAUAGGAGAGGAAAGAGGAGAAGAGAGAAAACUUAUUGGAAGAGAUAAUAGCUGGGAAUUCCCUCAUCUGGGGUGCCUGGGUGGCUCAGUUGGUUAAGUGUUUGCCUUUGGCUCGCAUCAGGCUCCCUGGUCAGUGGGGAGCCUGCUUCUCCAUCUCUUCCCCAUUUGUCAUCUCUCAAAUAAAUAAAAUCUUUAAAAAAAUUCCCUAAACUGAGGAAACAAACAUAUCUACAUCCAAGAGGCACAAAGAACCCCUAACAAAAUCUGCAAAAGCAGAUCCAUACCAAGGCAUAUUGUAAUUAAAAAGGCAAAAUAUAGUGGUUAAAAAAACAACAACAACAACAAAAAAAAACUUUAAAAGUGGCAAGGCAAAAAAAGACAGUUAAUGCAACUGCAUAAGUCUGUUGGGAUUUUUCAGCAGUAUCUUUCCAAAUCAGAAGGGAGUGUGUAGGAUAUAUUCAAAGUGCUGAAUGGGAAAAAUCUACAGCCAAGAAUACUCUACCCAGCAGGACUAUCAUUCAUAAUAGGAGAGAUAAAGAGUUUCCCAGACAAAAACUAAAGAAGUUCAUGACCACUAAAUCAGUUAUGCAAGAAAUAUUAAAGCGGACUCUUUGAAAAGGAAAGACCAAAACUGACAGUAUUGAGGGUAGGAAACACAAAACUAGUAAAUAUGACAACAUACACCUAAAAUGUGUACGUGGGGUGGGGGUGUAAAGAAUGGCUUCAAACUUAAAUGACCACCAACUUAAUAAUAUAGACUGCUAUAUGCAGAAGAUGUUACAUACAAACCUAAUGGUAACCACAUAUCAAAAACUACUAAUAUGUGGGGUAUGUGGGUGAUUCUCUCAGUUGAGUAUCGAGCUCUUGAUCUCAGCCCAGGUCUUGAUCUCAGGGUUAUGAGUUCAAGCCCCACACUGAGCUCCAUGCUGAGUGUGAAGUCUACUUUAAAAAAAAAAAAAAUUGUUAGGGACACCUGAGUGGCUCAGUCGGCUGGGCAGCCAUCUUGAUUUCAGCUCCAGGUCAUGGUCUCAGGGUCCAGGGAUCAAGCCCCACAUCAGGCUCCAUGCUCAGUAGGGAGUAUGCUUGAGGAGUCUCUCCCUCUCUCCCCCAACUUUCAAGUGCUCGCUCUCUAAAAUAAAAUACUAACACAACCACCCAGGAUGCCUGGUUGGCUCAGAGGGUUAAGCCUCUGCCUUCAGCUUAGGUCAUGAUCUCAGGGUCCUGGGAUCAAGUACCACUUUGGGCUCUGCUCAGUGGGGAGCCUGCGUCCCCUUCUCCCUCUGUCUGCCUCUCUGCCUACUUGUGAUCUCUCUCUGACAAAUAAAUAAAAUCUUUAAAUAAAAAAACCCCAC